UCCUUCAUAAGGAAAGAAACAUCAGGAUUCUAAAAACCCUUAUAUAGACCCGAAGAGCCGACAAAAGCACUUCUCUCUUCUAGCUUCCUUAAAUUUCCCAAAUCCAAUCCAGAGCUCUCGAUCUUUACGUCCUGUGCGUUCUUCUCUAUCCCACACAGUAAGAGUAUGACUCUCUCUGAGGAGGAAAUUAAGAGGCUACACAGAAUUCGGAAAACAGUCAUGCAAAUGCUACUGGACCGAGGCUAUUUUGUUGGAGACUUUGAGAUCAACAUGACAAAAGAGCAGUACAUUACAAAGUACGGGGAGAACAUGAAAAGGGAGGACCUUAUGAUAAGUAAAGCGAAGAGAAGUGAUAGUUCUGAUCAGAUUUAUGUUUUCUUCCCUGAGGAAGCGAAGGUUGGUGUUAAGACGAUGAAGACUUACACCAAUCGCAUGAAAUCAGAGAAUGUUUUUAGGGCCAUCCUGGUGGUUCAACAGAAUUUGACUUCAUUUGCUCGGAAUUGUAUAAGUGAGAUAUCUUCAAAAUUUCAUUUGGAGGUUUUCCAGGAGGCCGAGCUGUUAGUUAAUAUCAAAGAACAUGUUCUUGUCCCUGAGCAUCAAGUACUUAACACCGAGGAGAAGAAAACUUUGUUGGAGAGGUAUACCGUGAAAGAAACACAGCUGCCUCGCAUUCAGGUAACCGAUCCAAUUGCAAGAUAUUAUGGGCUGAAACGUGGACAGGUCGUGAAGAUCAUCCGCCCAAGUGAGACUGCCGGCCGAUAUGUAACCUACCGAUAUGUUGUAUAAGUAUUCUUAUCUGCUCUGUAUUUAGCAGAACCGGAUCUCAUAAGCCAGCUCAGAUGAACGAUAUGUAACCUACCUAUUACUGUCUGCUCUGUAUUUAGCAUAACCAGUUCUCAUAAGCCAUCUCAGAUGAAAGUGCAGUUCAUUGCGUCCCCUCAUAAUGGCAAGCAGAUCUCUGAACCAGUGGAUUCUGCAAUUGGGUUGUUGAACACAGUCCCUUCAGUGUGCAUUGUGCUGUAGUAGUUUUGUGCCCUAACAUUGUAAAACAUGUAAGUUUUAUUGAGCCACUUUCUUUUUUAAGUCGACAUUAGCAUAGUUUUGAA